CAUGCGACGUCGGAGCGCGAGCCAUGUGAGAGGCGAGUUCUUUAUUAAGAUUAGAUCAGCAACCGCAGAGGUGAAGAUAUCUUUACACUGUUAUAUUGUUUUGGUAGUGAGUCGGAGGUGAAGUGUGAGUAGGGUGGGUUAAUAUCAGCUCGACGGUUCUUCCGGAUCAUGCCCCACGACCCUGAUCUUCCUCCGGCCAAGAAAUUUAAGCCGGGCUCCCCCUUUUUCCCUGCAAACAAGAAGCCUGGAAUGCUGCUGCCAAAGAAGGGCAAUGCGCCCAGUCCCAUAGACGUGCAAAGAAAACAGCUUCCUAUUUACCAGGCCAGAUCUCAGCUCAUAGAUCAGCUCAGACAGCUGCACAACGCGGUGUUAAUCGGAGAGACAGGUUCAGGAAAAACCACGCAGAUCCCUCAGUACCUCUAUGAAGCUGGUAUCGGUCGGCAAGGCAUCAUCGCGGUCACUCAGCCUCGACGUAUGGCUGCUAUCUCACUGGCAGGACGAGUGGCCGAGGAAAAGAGAACACAACUCGGAAAGCUGGUGGGCUACACGGUACGAUUCGAGGACGUAACUUCUCCGGAAACCAAGCUGAAGUUUAUGACUGAUGGUAUGCUCCUGAGAGAGGCAAUCGGAGACCCGCUGCUUUUACGCUACACAGUCGUGAUCCUGGACGAAGCUCAUGAGCGCACCGUCCAAACUGACGUCCUCUUUGGCGUGGUCAAGAGCGCCCAGCGUAAACGCAAGGAACAGAACAAGAUCCCUCUAAAGGUCAUUGUGAUGUCUGCCACCAUGGAUGUGGAUCUGUUCUCUCAGUAUUUUAACAAGUCUCCUGUGCUGUACUUGGAGGGUCGACAACACCCGAUUCAGAUCUAUUAUACCAAGCAGCCGCAAUCUGAUUACCUCCACGCAGCGCUGGUGUCCAUCUUUCAGAUUCACCAGGAAGCUCCUCCAUCCCAUGACAUCUUGGUGUUUAUGACGGGUCAGGAGGAGAUUGAAGCGCUUGCUCGUACAUGUCGGGACAUCGCCAAACACCUGCCCGAAACCUGUGGGCCUAUGAUUGUGAUCCCUCUGUACGCAUCACUUCCUCCUGCCUAUCAGCUGAGGGUCUUUCAUCAUGCCCCUAAGGGUUGCAGAAAAGUCAUCCUCUCAACCAACAUCGCAGAGACGUCCAUAACUAUUUCUGGAAUUAAAUACGUCAUUGACACGGGAAUGGUGAAGGCCAAGCGCUAUACCCCAGGUUUUACCAGUAAAUUUUGCUGCUGCGAUCUGGUAGAUCUGAUUGGGUUAGGCCGCCGCAACAUAUCAGAGAGCUGCUGCAUUUUGAAUCACCUGAAGUCGUUUGAUGGUCUUCUUUGGCAGGCCUGUGAAAAGGCCAUUGCAGUAAUCAACCCUACUAGAGAUGAAGACAGCGGUCUGGAGGUGUUGGCUGUGCAGCGGGUGUCCAAAGCGCAAGCCUGGCAGCGGGCAGGCAGGGCAGGAAGAGAGGACUCCGGCUCCUGUUACCGCCUCUACACUGAGGACGAGUUCGACAACCUAGCAAACAUGACUGUACCUGAAAUACAGCGGUGUAAUUUGGCUGGUGUAAUACUGCACCUGCUGGCUCUGGGUGUUCCUGAUGUGCUCAACUUUGACUUCAUGUCUAAACCUUCACCUGAGUCGAUGCGAAUAGCAGUGGAGCAGCUGGAUCUCCUCGGAGCUGUACAGAGGAAGGACAAUCAGGUUUUCCUCACUCCUCUGGGCAAGAAGAUGGCCUGCUUUCCCCUGGAACCUCGAUUUGCUAAAACCAUCCUGAUCUCUCCAGACUUCUCCUGUACCGAAGAGAUUCUGACCAUUGCCUCUCUGCUCUCCGUGGACUCAUUGCUCUUCAACCCUCCUGCACGCCGAGACGAGGUGCUUGCUGUGCGCAAAAAAUUCAUCUCCAGUGAAGGAGACCACAUAACCCUGCUGAACAUCUACAGGGCCUUCAAGAAAGUCAGUGGGAAUAAGGAUUGGUGUAAGGAGAACUUUGUAAACAGCAGAAACAUGGUUCUGGUUACUGAAGUCCGAGCCCAGCUGAGGGACAUUUGUAUUAAGCUGGGACUGAAGCUCGAGUCCUCACUGUCCGAACUGGCUAACGUGCGGCGCUGCCUGGCACAUGGAAUGUUUGCCAACGCUGCUGAACUACAGCUAGAUGGCACCUACAUAGCUCUGGACACCCACCAGACUGUUGCCAUCCACCCGUCCUCUGUCCUGUUCCAGGCCAAACCAGCUUACGUGGUGUUCAACGAGGUUCUCCAUACGUCACGCUGCUACAUGAGGGACCUUUGCCUGGUGGAUGCUGACUGGCUACAGGAAGCAGCGCCGGAGUAUUUCCGGCGUAAACUCCACGUGGCGAAGAGUUAGUACGCCUCAGGGCUUCUAGGCGUGCUUUAUCAAAUUGCAUGAAUAUCCAGACCAUUCUGGAACGGAUAGAAGUAGUACAUUGAGGUGGCUGGGACUGAAGAUGUUUCGCCACUCGGCUGAGUUGCUUUGUAUCGUUUGACGUUGUAAGUGGGAACAUCGGACAGGGUGUUUCUGAUAAUUCCUCUUAAUGCAUAAUGAAGCAUCUCGAAAAACUGGCAAAAUGUUUUCAAGAUAUCAGAAGUCGUGAUGCGUUCAACUGCACGUUGAAGAGUUUGAUUCCACUCGUAGGUGACUUUGUUUUCUCCUCUGAAGCCCAAACUCUGGAUGCUGGAUGAAGCAACGCUGAUCGUACUUGUCUUUAGAAAACAUGGACCAUCGAUUGAACAUUUAGGAAUGUCUUUCCUAAUAAAAAAAAUAUUUUUU